AGCGGCGACGGCAGCUCAGGUACUAGGUCAGGGUUUGGUUUUGCAGUUGCAGUUCAGUUUCUUUUAUAGACAGCACAAGUAGAACUGCUUCUGGCAGUAGAAAACAUCCUAGUUACUAUUACUAUUCUUGUGUGCAUGAUUGUAGUUGCAGCAGCAGGCUGCGCAGAGUAUAAUCGCUAGCUAACAGUCAUCAUGGGUUCUUCUUCGUCGGAGCUAGCGCCGGAAACCGUCACAGAUCUGGCCAGCAAGACGAGUUUCACGGAAAAGGAGGUGCGCGAGUGGUAUCGCGGAUUCAGGAAGGACUGUCCGAGCGGCGUGCUGUCGGCCACCGAGUUCAAAGUCAUCUACUCGCACUUCUUUCCGUUCGGAGACGCUAACAAGUUCGCCGAUCACGUGUUCCGCACCUUUGACCAGAACGAGGACGGCAAGAUCGACUUCAAAGAGUUCAUCACGGCGCUGUCGAUCACGUCGCGCGGCAAGCCCGACGAGAAGCUCACCUGGGCGUUCAACAUGUACGAUUUGGACGGCAACGGGUUCAUCACGGAGGCGGAGAUGCUGGAGAUCGUGCGCUCCAUCUAUAGUAUGGUGGGACCCAAUGCCAAGCUACCGGCCGGAGAGGAUUCGCCGGAGCGGCGCACGAAGAAAAUUUUCGACGAGAUGGACACGAACAGGGACGGCGUGCUGACGCGAGAGGAGUUUCUCGCGGGCGCCCAGUCCGACCCGCAGAUCAUGAGGCUGCUUCAGGGAGACGCGCGCGUUCUGACCCAGGAAGCCGGAAAGUAGAACUCGUGCCGUGCCAUGCAUGCCGUUCAAGGACGUCCGGUGCAUAGCGGCGCCGCGCCGUGCGACUGUUCUGCAGCACGAGUCGACGCGGCGCGCGGCUAGCGCUCUCGUGAAGCCCAUCUUUCCGGUCUGGUACGUACACGUACGGGUACAUGACUGUGUAGCGCUAGCGCUAGCGCUAGCGGAGCACAUCGCAGGGAAUGUCGUGUUCAAUUAUUUCAUUGUUUUUUUUUGGUAGCUAGAGUUGAUACGGAACAGUGGAAACGAACCCAGAGCCAGAGCUAGAGGUUCAGUGUUGCAGUUUUAUGAAAUUUUCAACAAUGGCGUGACAGGACAUAGUUUCAAAAUCCCUUGUACUGGACAAAAUUACUUAGGCAACCAACACACCUGCAGUCCGUUAUGUAACAUGAAAAUGUCAGUAUCCAGAGUAACACGUUAGCUGUUGUGACUUGUGUAUGUCGCUCACUUCCUGCUGGGAUGGAUUAGCAGAGCUUGUUCUCGUUUUGGUCACAAUUGCUGUAGCUGAAUGUUGGUCACAAUUGCUGUAGAUAUACGCUGCCAUUGCACUCAGCUGAUUAUAGUUCCAGUGCUAGAGUAAGCUAGAUGAUGCAUGACUGUAUGUGGUCUAUAUAUCCCAGAAAGAGGAGCCAGGAGCCCCCAGAUUAUACAGCUUUGCCCUUGGAUAGCUGAAGUCGGUUGUGCCAGCGCGUGCGACAUUAAAUUCUUUUCUGUAAAAGUAAGAGCACAUUGAUUUUUACACGAUAAUAUGAUAACAAUAAACCGGAUCACGAUCGGAUAUGCACGUUUGUGGCUGUAUUUUCAUCCCCGUCUCCAAGCAUUUGGAAUCGUCCACUUGA